AUGACUUAUUUCGCUCCGAAAUCUGAACAAGAAUAUAAAGAAUAUUUGGAUAAUCUUUUGGUCGAAUAUCAAUUCGCUUGUUUUAACGAAAAGCUCGGAGAUGGUUGCUAUCGAUUAGCGAACUAUCAUGAAAUUAUCAAAACUGAUCAUGCAACAGCCGGAAAAAUCUAUAAAAUGUCUUGUGAUGAAAUGAACUAUGGACAUGGAUGUUAUCGCUAUGGAACAUUUGCUUUCCUCGGUCGAGGUAUGGACAAGGACAUUCCGGCGUCGACCAAGUAUUUCGAACGUGCAUGCGAACUAGGAUUCUUGAAAGGUUGUCACAAUGCGGCUAUUGCUUACAUGCGAGGUGAUGGUUGUGAAAUGAAUGUCAAUCGUGGAUUGGAAUACUAUAAAAAAAGUUGCGCUGGUGGUAUCCCUGAAUCAUGUUUAAGUCUCUGGUCAACUUAUUUCAAAGGACAAGAUGGAUACGUAGCGAAGGAUGGACCUAGAGCAUUGGAUUAUGCAUCCAAAGCGUGUGAUUUGGAUAUGUUCCAAGGAUGUGUUAACGCCGCACUUAUGUGUCGGCGUGGUGAUGGUGUGCCGAAAGAUCCUGAACGAGAAAAAGUCUUCUUGCAAAAAGCCAAUGAAUUGAAGAAGAAAAUGGAUGAACCCGGUGUUCAAUUCGGUGAAACGCACAAAAAUUUAGAAUAG